AAGAAGAACAGCACGAGGACUUGCUAGCAGCGUUAGCUUGUUAGCAGGCUAGCAGCGUUAGCUUGUGUUGAGAGGUCGGUGGUGUUUUGUUGGGACGUUUGUGAGGUUUUUGGACAGAAAGGACGAUACGUGGUUCGUGUGGGAACUCUCAGAAUGUUCCAAAGUGUCGUAAAUGAGUGAAGAAGUGUUGAACGGAAAGACAACGUGGAUUGCUGUGAUUGUGAGACUAGCAGAUGAUCGAUCGGAGCUGCAGUGAAGAGGACGGCGGUGUUUGUGGGAGUUGGAGCUGAAGAUCGGAGCAGGAACCAUGUCUUCCGAACCUCAGGAAGGUUCUGUCAGAGAACAACUUUCUGCUGCUGAAGGAACCAUCGUCCAGAACGACGAGGAGCUCUGUCGUCAGCGCAGACUGCUGGAUAGCAGCUGGAACCCGCAGGUUCAGCUCCACCGUCUAGUCCUCCCCCAGCAUUGGAUGACUGAAGAGGAAGAUCUCUGCAACCAGCAGAUGAACUUCAGAGUGGAAGAAGAGGGACCAGAACCUCCACAGAUUAAAGAGGAACUUCAGGAACCAGAACCUCCGCAGAUUAAAGAGGAACCAGAGGAACUCUGCAUCAGUCAGGAUGAAGAAGGAAACCAACAUGAAGAAUCAACAUCAACUACAGAUGAAGAGACAGACCCACAGAACAGAGAUCAGAGGAAGAGAAGAGACAAAAGACAUGUCCAAAGUGUGGACAGCUCUCACACAUCAGUCCUGCCCCAGCAUUGGAUGACUGAAGAGGAAGAUCUCUGCAACCAGCAGAGGAACUUCAGAGUGAAACAGGAAGAACCACAACCUCCACAGAUUAAGGAGGUACAGGAGAAACCAGAACUUCUAAAGACUGAAGAGGUAUGGGAGGAACCAGAACCUUCACUGAUCAAAGAGGAGCCAGAAGAGCUCUUCAUCAGUCUGGAUAAGGAGCGGCUUAAUUUGAAGCAGGAGACUGAUAUCUUGAUGGAGAUUCCUACUUAUGAGGAAGAUGAGAACAGUGAAGCAGAUCUAAACAAUCAGCAGAGCUUUAAUGUAACUGAUAGUCAGGAUGAAGAAGGAAACCAACAUGAAGAAUCAACAUCAACUACAGAUGAAGAGACAGACCCACAGAACAGAGAUAAGAGGAAGAGAAGAGACAGAAGACAUGUCCAAAGUGCGGACAGCUCUCACAUGUCAGCAGGUCAGUGUGACUCUGAUGUUGGUAAAAAAUCAAAGAAGGCAGCUUUGGUUAAGAAACGCAAACAAUCCCCAAAGGAAAAAAUAAUUUCCUCUUUAAAGUCUGGUGAAAACUCAAGAGUAGUUGGUCCUCAUGUAGACAAAGACAUUACUGAGCCUGUUGAAAGACUUUUUAUCUGUAAAGAAUGCAAUAAAGAUUUUAGAAAGUUGUCUUAUUUAAAAGAACACAUGAGAAAUCAUGCAAAAGAAAGGCCUUUUUCUUGUGAAGAAUGUGAUAAAAGUUAUUGUCGCCUAUGUGAUCUCAAAAAACACAUGAGAACUCACACAGGCGAGAAGCCCUAUUCUUGUAAAGAAUGUGAUAAAAGUUUCAAGGAUAGAUCUCAUCUUAGAGGACACAUGAAAACUCACACAGGCGAGAAGCCCUUUUCUUGUGAAUGUAAUAAAAGUUUUGUUCGAAGAUCUGAUCUUAAAAGACACAUGAGAACUCACACAGGAGAAAAGCUUUUUUCUUGUAAAGAAUGUGAUAAAGGUUUUUGUCAAACGUCUGAUCUCAAAAGACACCUCAGAACUCAUACAGGAGAAAAGCCUUAUUCUUGUAAAGAAUGUAAUAAAAGUUUUAGGCAAAUUUCUACACUCAAAAGACAUGAGAUCUUGUACAGUCGAGAAGCCUUAUACUUGUCAAAAAUGUUUAACAAGUUAAGGGAUGUGUCUCGAAUCGAAAAACACAUGAGAAUUCACACAGGAGAAAAACCUUUUUUUUGUAAAGAAUGCAGCUAAAAUUUUUGUCGUAUAGCUUAUCUGAAAGCAUACAAGAACUCACACAUAAAUGCAACGAAAAGGUAGAGUCCACUGAUGUCUGAUAUGCACAGAAAACAUCUUUUUUGAUUGAUCUGACAUGAUAAAAAUGUCAAAGAUACUAUGUUUUAGGAUUUUAUCAGCUACAAUUAUCAAUAUUCAAAAAAAUAGAGGAUUGAUACUAGACAAUGAGUUUCACCCUUAAUAUGAAACUUUUAUUUCGGCAAAAAUAUCCAUUUUUUUACAUAAAUAAUUCUCUUUGAUGUACCUGUAAAUACAAAUGUUUUGCUUUUAAAUCUAAUAGUUAAAUCUAUAUCUGAUGAACAGCUUUUAUCGGUCAAAAGUGUCAUUACUUGUAUUGAUGUUUUUCGUUUUUUAAUUUGUUGUAUAAUUUUAUAGGUUGAUUAAUAUUUUUAUAUUUUGCAGUAUUUUAUUUUGGUUUAAAGUUGUUUUGUUUAUCAUUGUGGUUGUAGUUUAUUCUGCGACAAUGAGUACUGUAUACCAUCUAAGUUUGUGUGUUACCAUGACAACACUAGAAAUACUUUGAAUACAUGACUGCAGUUUAUAUUUUGUUGACUCGUGUAAGAAAGUACGAGACGAAAAGAUUUUCCUAAAACUGUAUGAAGGAAGGGGUGGAUAAAGAACCAGACUGGUGUUUGUGUCUGGUGUUCUUGUGAUUCAUGUUUUUCUAGUAGACCGUACAUUAGAACUUCUCCUCUGUUCUAUUUGGUUCUCAGUGUUCUGUCCCAAUCUUUACUGUAAAGAAUAAAGUGAAUGUGAACAUCA